GAUUGUUUACACUACGCGCACUUGCACCCAUCUGUACACCCAAGCCAAGCGCAGGGCAGUGAACCAGUGAGCCGCACGCCCCCGAAUAGCCAAGAUGUCGGGCACCAUACUGGAGAACCUGAGCGGGAGGAAGCUGUCCAUAUUGGUGGCCAGCCUGCUGCUCUGCCAGGUGCUGUGCUUCCUGCUGGGCGGCCUGUACGCCCCCCUGCCCGCCGGCCAUGUCACCGUCCUGGGAUCGCUGUGCCGCGAGGACCACGCCCGCCAGAACGACACCGGAUUCCUGCUGUACUCGCGCGGCGCAGGAGCCUGCAUCCCGGUGACCCGCGAGGAGGUGGAGCGGGAUUCCAUGAAGAUGGCCAACGAGCUGGUCCACGUCUUCCAGAUGCCGCUGCCGCGGGACCUGCGCGACCUGGACUACUCCCGCUGGCAGCAGAAUCUCAUCGGGGUGCUGCAGGUGGAGUUCGGCUACGAUUCCUCCUCGGAGCUGCGGGAGCCGCCCCGGGAACUGCAGCUGACCAUCGACAUGCGGCUGGCGUAUCGGAACAAGGGGGAUCCGGACAACGGCUGGAAGUUGUAUGCCCACGGGGUGGAGCACCGCUACCUGGACUGCGUCUCCCAGACGGUGGGGCCCACAGAGACGCUCUACUCGUGCGACAUGAUACCCCUGUUCGAGCUGGGCGCCCUGCACCACAGCUUCUAUCUGCUCAAUCUGCGCUUUCCCCUGGACACGCCGCGCCAGAUGAAUCUGCAGUUCGGCCAUAUGCACGAUCUCACGCUGACCGCCAUUCAUCAGAACGGAGGAUUCACCCGCAUCUGGCUGCUGCUCAAGACGGUGCUCUUUCCCUUUGUGGUGGGCAUCAUGAUCUGGUUCUGGAGGCGGGUGCAUCUGCUGCAGCGUUCGCCGGCCCUGCUGGAGUACAUGCUCAUCUAUCUGGGCGCAGCUCUGACCUUCCUCAACCUGCCGCUGGAGUACUUGUCGCUGGUCUUCGAGAUGCCCUACAUGCUGCUGCUGAGUGACAUCCGCCAGGGAAUCUUCUACGCCAUGCUGCUCUCCUUCUGGCUGGUCUUUGCCGGCGAGCACAUGCUCAUCCAGGAUGCCCCGAACAAGUCAACCAUCCGGUCGCGCUACUGGAAACAUCUCUCGGCCGUCGUCGUCGGUUGCAUCUCGCUGUUCGUCUUCGACAUCUGCGAAAGGGGCGUGCAGCUGCGCAAUCCCUUCUACUCCAUCUGGACCACGCCGCUGGGCGCUAAAAUAGCCAUGACCUUCAUUGUCCUCGCGGGAGUUUCGGCGGCCAUUUACUUCCUCUUCCUAUGCUACAUGAUCUGGAAGGUGUUCAGGAACAUUGGCGACAAGCGCACUUCGCUGCCUUCCAUGUCCCAGGCGCGCCGACUUCACUACGAGGGCCUCAUCUACCGCUUCAAAUUCCUGAUGCUGGCCACCCUUGUAUGUGCUGCGCUGACCGUGGCCGGUUUCGUCAUGGGCCAAAUGGCCGAGGGUCAAUGGGAUUGGAACGACAACGUGGAGAUUCAGCUGACCUCCGCCUUUUUGACCGGCGUUUAUGGCAUGUGGAACAUCUACAUCUUCGCCCUGCUCAUCCUGUACGCCCCCAGCCACAAGCAAUGGCCCACAAUGCACCACAGCGACGAGACCACACAGUCCAAUGAGAAUAUCGUGGCCUCGGCUGCCAGCGAGGAGAUCGAGUUCAGCCACCUGCCAUCGGACUCCAAUCCCAGCGAGAUCUCGUCUCUUACCUCGUUCACCCGCAAGGUGGCCUUUGAUUAGGCGGCGGCGACGCUUGAAAUAUUGAUUUCCGAUCGGUUUUGUGCCAAACUUAGAUCACGAUUUGGCCAGCAACCGCAACGCUCCAAGGGUGUGCUAAUUUUAUUACCAUAGUCAGUAGCAUUUCUUGCCUAGUUUUGCAUUCUGUGCAUUCGACAACGCGAUCAGCAUUAUUACUUAUCAUUAACGCAUAGAUUGUCUAGUUUCUCUCAGCAUGCUCAAAGUGUACGAUUUUAUCAACUGAACUUUUUAUGUAUGCCUCGGCAGUAUUAUCUAUUGAAGUCCAUUUUGCUAGCUCGUAAGUUUUAACAUAUUUAUGAUAUAACCUUUUAUACACACAUAUUUACAUUUUAAGGGCAUCAUGUAUUAUUUAACAAGGAAAUCGUGCGAGUAUAACGUUAUCUUUG